ACUCCUUUGAGGAAUUGUACAUUGAGUAUCUCUACCAACAUUGAAGAUUCGUUAUUCGAGAUGGCCUCCUCACCAGAAAUUCGUCCUGCGUCUUCUCAAGAUGUUCCUACUAUCUUGAGUUUAAUCCGUGCUGGCGCAGAAGAGCAAGCACCAGGAACCUUCGUCACUGCAACUGAAGAGCGUCUCGCAAAGACACUCCACUUGUCAGACGUCACCGACUCUUCCGAGUACCGUAUCGGACAUCCCAUCCUAGCCUUCUCACCAGAUGCGAAGCCCGCUGGAUUGUUGAUCUACUUCUUCAACUAUACGACGUGGGGAGCUGCUCCUGGAGUCUGCAUGGAGGAGAUUUAUGUCGUCCCGGAAUACAGACCUCACGGAUACGCGCGGAAGUUGGUCGAAGCUAUGACAUCAGCGGCUAAGAAAGCGGGUUGCGUAAAAAUGGAGUGGCUCUGCUUGAAGGAUAACGCGAGAGCACUGAGAUUUUAUGAGAAGCUUGGGGCCAAGCGAAUGGAGGAUUGGACGGUGCUGAAGGUUGAUGAGGCUGGAAUGGAUCGUUUGCUAUAGUGAUCACGGUUGGCGACGCCCACCAGUAAGAGAAGUAUAUG